AUGAUGGAGUGUCAGUCGUCACAGGGACAGCGUGACGCUUUCGCCUGGUUCACAAAGACCCAGCUCCAGUCUGUGAUCACGGACGGCAUCAUCCCAGAAUGGUUUCACGGGAUCAUUUCCAGGAAUAUGUCAGAGGAACUGCUGAUGUCCAAGCCUCCUGGCUACUUCCUCAUCAGAGUCAGUGAGAGCAGGAUUGGCUACACGCUCUCAUACCGCGCUGAGGACCGCUGCAGACAUUUCAUGAUCGAUGCUUUGGAGGAUGGCCGUUACAACAUAGUUGGAGAAGUCAGGCGUCACCGGUUUCUGCAGGACCUGGUGGACGUUCACCGUAGGACUCCCAUAAUGCCUUUCACUGAGGUGCUGACUGUCGCCUGUGGACAGACCUCCAAUAAGAAGACCGACUAUGCAGAGUUGCUGGUUCCCCGAAGACCUCUGAAUCCGAACAAAAGUUGUCUUCCAAACAACUUGCUGCAUCCGAGCAUAAGUCCCCUGACGUCACAAGAAGAGAUCCCCCCCGCUCUUCCUUAUCGACCAAAUAACUUGAGGAACUCUGCAGUGGUGUCUCCAAACAGGAUUUACCCUAAUUUGGAAGAAGAAUUUGAGCAUGUCGCCUCCCCGCUCCGAGCCACGCCUGUGACCAGAAAGAGAGCCGACGAUCCUCCAUCCAACCAGCCUCCCGAGGUCCCGGCUCGGAUCUCUGUCGCUCCACUGAAGCAAAACCAGGCUUGUACCAGAACAGUCUCUGCAGCUGGGAGCCCCCCCACACCUCCAGCCACUGAACCCCCCCUCAGUGCCAAUAUCCAGUCUGUAAAGAAGCAGGAAGACAAGCCGUCAGUUCUCAACCUGAAGAACCUCAAGAAGAAAUUCCAAAAGAAGAGAACGCCGCAGGAGGAACACAUGUACACAGAGGUUAAUGUGGAGGCGACUGAAAGGAGUGGAAGCGCUGAGAAUGAGUACGAGGAGAUCACAGGGGAGCAGACCUCUAACGCUCCACCAUUUUCCUACAUUUGCACUAAUGCGAGACUGACUGAUGGAGAGAUCCCUCAGGAGUAUCUUCCACCUCCACCCUUUGCUCCAGGCUACUGACACACAGCUGAACUGCUCGCUUAGAAAAUGAUGUACAGAAGGAUCCAACACAAGCGGGUGAAGGUGCAGGAGAAAAGCAUCACACAGAGAGAAAGGAGCGAUAAUCUGCACAAUGGUUAUUAUAAGUUUAAGGGGAGAUAGUACACGUGAAAAAAUGAACUAAUAGAUAUCACCAUGAACCUUCUUCAGUUCAUUACUCACAUUAACACAAUAAUUGUUUGUAUUACAAGCUUUCUGAAAUGUUAUGUUUAAAUAUGCAAAUAAGGCAUUAUCUAAUGCUAACUUUUGUUGAAUUUUUAAAACAUCUACAGACAAAACAUGUUAUGGAAGCAAAAUAGACCAAACUCGCCUUAAUAAUGAACCAUUCCCACCUUUAACAUCUGUGUUUACAUGCCUGACGAAGACCUUGAAUGUUCAAAUGUGGCAUCAUUACGGUGAUACUUACUCAUAUUCGCUUGCUUUCCGAUGCAUAUAAAUAUACUGCAUUUACCAAGAAGGCAAAUAGGUUUAUUUCCCCAAAUAUCAAACUAUUCCUUCAACAUGUUGAUAUUUGCAAUAUGCAGUAUGCAAACUACUUCCCCUUUCCUUUAAAGAACUGCACCACAGCUGCUGUAAUGAUGUUGUUUGGGACUUUAAAGAUGUUGCUCCUCUUUUGCAAAGUCAAGAGUAUAAAACUGUAUAUUAGAUUAAACUGCUGUGACUGUAAGAAGUGCCACUGACUUGUGAAUGCUCUGUUUUUUAUUUAUUAUAAAGACAAUACAAAUAAACAUUGUUAUAUAAGAUUUAUAUAUACAGUAUACACAUAUAUAUAUAUAUGCAUGCAUGUAUGCAACUACUAGCCACUUCCCUGGCUUUUAAAUUCAAAGUAUGAAAAGGCAGGCAGGAGGAAGUUUAACGCAGCGUAUGUAAAUCUGAAAUGAUGGUUCACGUCAGCUGCUUUGAAUA